AAUAAAUCCGCAGGUUCGUCGUGAACAUGAGCAGCAGCGGCAAGAAAGCCCGUGGUGGCAACAAGAAGCGCGGUGGCGGCGGCCGCAACGACGCCUACGAUUCCGAAGAUGGAAGCUGCAAUGAAUCGGUCGCGUCGAACGAUACAUGCGACAGCGCGAGAAGUACGAGAAGUCGCGUCUCGGAAGAUACAACGCAAGAGGACCUCAUGGAGCGGUACCUUGAAGAAUUGACGGAAAAAAGAGCAACGACUCGUCUCGCAGCCCUGCAAGGUUUGCUCAACCUGUUGGUCCACUUCAUUCCCCCAGAGCUUUUCCACGAAAAAUUCGAUGAAAUGUACAACAACCUGCUUCAAAUUUCACGUCGCCCGUCGGAAGAUGAGGGACGCAUUGUCCCCCGAAUUUUCGGCAUCAUGGGGCUCAUGCUGGGUCCCCAUUCCCACGACUACUUUGCCAAGGUGGAAUCGGUUCUGGAGCCGCUCGUGAAAUCUGCUGCUCAAAGUGAUAUCGUUCGCGCUCAGGCGCUCGAAGGGUUGGGAGUCGUCUGUUUCACAAGCAGUACUGGGGAUGAAGAGAACGCGCAAAAUAUCAUGGGCUUGUGCGAUCCAUUCUUUACCAACUCGACGACGCCAGUGCUGACGACUCUGGCGUUGGAAACAUGGGGCUGCCUCGCGUCGACGCUUGAUUCUGCGCUGCUUAUCGAGGAAGCAUUUCUUGACACGCACUUGGCCUUAUUCUCGGACCUGACCAACAACGUGGACUUGGACGUGCGGACGGCCGCGGGGGAAAACCUCGCGCUGCUCUUUGAAGCGAUGCACCAAAACCACAUCGACAAUUACGAAGGUGCUGGCGACAUUGCGUCCAAGAUGCUCGAGCUGAGCAAAGAAAGCAGCAAGAAAUUUUCCAAGAAGGACCGCAAGGAACAGCAUUCCGUCUUUCGCGACGUGUACAAGACUGUGGCGGACCAAGAACCUCCAAACGUGUCGUUCAGCCUCGAAAAUGAAACCUUGCGGUUCCAUGACUGGGGCUCGAUCAUGCAGUAUAACGCGAUCAAGGAGUGCUUGCAAUCGGGUAUGCUAGAACAUCUCAAGUUUAACAACCACGUGCGCCAGCUCUUCGACUUGCCUCACACGGCAGAAGUCUUUUCCCGCGUUGAAAAGAGAGCAACCAAGUCGAAAACGAGCGGCAGUCGCAAGCAGCAAAGCGAGUUCCUUAAGGACGAACGGAAGCGCCGCCAAGGAGAAAAAAAUCAUUUCUUGGAUGGCGGCGAUUAUUAGUAUGCCAUGACAAUUCAUGACGUUGGUGGAAGACGCGCCAUAGUCACGCGGUCGUGGGUUUCGAUUGUAUAGCAGAGAUUUGCGUCGUGAAAGAGCGCGGGGGGGAUCUUUGUCGGAGCCAUUCUUGUGAUAUUGAGACGAGACUGAACUCUUGCAGGCUUGAGUUGAAUCGCUCGUAUUCGCCUCGCAAACAUGACAGUGGCAAGCAAGAGGAGAAUUGCCAGGGCGCCAUAAUGUAAACGUUGAUUCACUGUCAUGCGCCAUCGAAGCGCGAUGUUGUCGACAAGCAAUUGAAUCUUGCUUGCAUCGCCUGGAUCAUCAGCAAUUGCGGUUAACGGCUGCGGCGCUGCUGGACUUGUGACGUAGAUGCGUAUGGAGCAUUCCCAUGCCGACGCCUCUUGUAUUCCUGGGCGGAAAUGGCAUGUGGUGGUCUGG